AUGGGCUACGACGACGAUGAAUCUCCGUCGCGGUCGCCCUUUGCAGGCCAGAAACGCAAAGCCGGAGACAUGAGCUCUUCAGACGAAGAAGAAGAAGCUGCUACCGCUCGACCAUCAUUUGGGUUUCAACCGUUUUGUCGUGCUGCUUCUCGCUCCGAGUCUCCGCCCACGAUGACCGCUGGAUUGGGUGGCGGCGCUGGACGAAGCGCUUGGAACAAUACAACCCCCACUGCUACAAUGCAAAGUCGUGGACGCGGCGGAGGAGGAGGAAUCGAUAACAAAGGAGGCUCUAUUAUGGGGAAAAGCUCAUUUGCGGCCCGAAUGAUGGCCAAGAUGGGUUACGUCGAAGGUCAAGGUUUAGGUCAAGAUGGUCGCGGUAUCGUCAAUCCUAUAGAGGCGCAAGGACGUCCACAGAGGAUUGGUCUUGGUGCCGUCAAGGAAAAAUCGAAACAGGCAAGAGAGGAGGAAAAGCGACAAGCUGCUGCUAGGGGUGAGAUUAUUGAGGAUAGUUCUGACGAGGAGCGGCAAAGACGACAGAAACGAAAAGCUCAGCAGCGCAAACUGGAUGGGCUUAGUGGAGUGUCGACGCCGGUUGGUCCACCUAAGAGGCGGUUUCGGACAGCUCGUGAGUUGGAGGCGGAGGUUGAAGGUCUCGUGGUACCCAAUGUGCUCAAGUCGCUAGUUGAUGCCACGGGGAGAGAGCAAAAGGUUCUGACGUCCACAGCUGGGUUGAUGGCACCAAUGGAAUUUGUGAAUCAAGCAGAAGGAGAAGCCUUGAAGAUUGCCAGGCGUGCCCGUCACGACCUUGAAGCAUUUGUCGAUGAAUGGAAAGGACUGACAGAGCGGAAGAAGUUUAUCGACUUGGAAGAGAGUCAGGUAGUCGAGGAGAUGGAUACUCGGCAAGUCAAAGCAGAGCAACUGGGACGUUUAGUAUCUACACUCGAAAGCAUUCAGAUAAUGGAGCCAAAGGACACUAUCGUGCAACGGUUCGAAGAGGUCACGAGCAAACUUGAAUUGAUCGAAGUUGAAUAUCGGGACGUCAUUGACGAGUAUCAACUGUCAGACGCAGCUGUCGCUGCAAUUCAUCCUUUGUUUCGCGAAGCUAUGGAAGAGUGGGAGCCCUUGAAGAAUCCUACUUUUCUCGUCGCGGAUCUAUUACGUUUGCUUCCCCUUCUUUCGAGGAAAAGUCAAGAAAGCGAACUUGAACAGCUACAAAGACAUCGACAAUCUACAUCAUCUUACGAAAGUAUGAUAUAUUCUAUAUGGCUCCCUCGCGUGCGUUCUGUGCUCUUGAAUGAGUGGGACGUUUACGAGCCCUCGCCUGCUACGUCGCUUGUUGUCGCAUGGAAGGACGUCAUUCCUACCUUUGUCUAUUCAAAUAUUCUCAACCAAAUCAUCGUCCCCAAGCUCAGUGCUGCGAUCAAGAAGUGGAAACCUCGUAGCAGUCGUCGGCAUCCAGAGUCAUCUCAACAAGAAUCUCGGUUUCCAUGGUGGUUGUUCACUUGGCUACAGUACCUAGGCGAACGGCACACUAACCCCAGACAUGCAACUGGAUUGCUUUCUGAUGUGAGACGAAAAUUCAGGGUUGUCCUCGAUACAUGGGACUUGCGAAAGGGCCUGUUAACUAGUAUUGAUUUAUGGAAAGAAGCUCUUGGCUCAGAGUUUGAUGUUGCCCUUCACAAACACCUACUGCCACGACUCGCGCGCCAUUUACGAGAAAACUUUGAAGUCAACCCACAAGACCAGGACUUAUCUGCAUUUGAAGACUUACUUAAAUGGAAAGAUCUCUACAAAUCCAAGGUCUUUGGUCUACUUCUGGUUUCUGAGUUCUUCCCCAAAUGGCACAACAUUUUGUAUAUAUGGUUAACGAACGAUCCCAACUUUGAAGAAGUCGCCGAAUGGUUUACAUGGUGGAGAUCCCAGAUCCCCACGGAACUCAACGAACUCGUCAUGGUCGAUGAGGAAUGGACAAAGGGUCUCAAAAUGAUGGACUUGGCAUCCCAGCUCGGUGAUCGCGCCGCAACAGAACUUCCUCCGCCUGAAAAAGUCCCUGCCUUCGCACCUAUCGCUGCCAGUCUUGAGCCGGAAAAGACAGCUGCUCCCAUCAAACCAGCGAGACCAAAAGCUCCCAUCAAGGAGAUUGCUUUCAAGGAUAUUGUGGAAGAAUGGUGUGCGGAUCAGGGGCUUAUUAUGCUCCCUUUGCGAGAAGCCCAUCCGCAAAACGGACAGCCGUUAUUCCGUAUCACUGCCAGUGCGAGUGGGAAAGGUGGUGUUAUUGCAUUUUUGCAGGGGGAUGUUGUUUGGGUGCAGAAUCGUAAGGCGCGGGAUAUAUGGGAGCCGAUGGGGUUGGAGGAUCAGUUGGUGGAACGUGCAGAGGGGAAGUAACUGACUACAAGACAUACAGUUCUUUCCGCUAGGAUCUGGCUUAUUUGUAGGAUAGAACAUGUCGAGGAUGAGUAUAUAACGAUAGCAAUGAUACCAUAUCGA